AUGCCUUCCAAGCCGGGAUUUCGCAACCGGUUUAGGAGGGUUUUCUCCCGGAGCAACAAUGCAUCUACAACUACAAGUUCACGGAUACAGGCCGCGGGGAUAAAGCAACUUGAUGGCCUUCAUGAGCCAACAAGCUCUAGAUCUACUGCACCUGCUGGAUCUGAUUUGAAUACUGGGCCUGUUCUAACUACUACGUCCUCUGGACCUACCAGCACACCCACCAGCUUGGCUGAGCACCUCUGGGAUCGAGCAUAUGAUGAUUUGAAGAAACAAGACGCUGCAUUAAUACAAGCCUACGAAAAAAUCCUAUCUAAUAAGCUUAAUGAAGCAACUGGAUCAGAGCAGAAUAUAAUUGCACAGCAUGAUGCCCACGCGAGGCGGAAUCAGAUGCGGCAGCUCAUCUACGAUGGCUUGAACAAGACGGCGAAAGAGGCAAAGGUAAAAGAAGUCAUUGGCAUCGCUAUUUCAACAAAGGAUAUCAUCACCAAUGCUGUUCAGGCUGUCCCAAAAGCCGCCCUUGCCUGGACCGGUGUAUGCAUGGCGCUUGAGAUGAUGCAAAAUCCCAUAGCAGCAACAAAGGCCAAUCGUGAUGGUAUCGAAUAUGUUAUCAAGAGAAUGAACAUGUAUUGGGAAUUAUCUGGUGUUGCCUUAAAAGAUAAUGCCAAUGAUGGCCUUUCUGGCAUCCGGGGCGAGCUGGAAGCCCAAAUCAUUAACCUUUACAAAGUGCUCCUCACAUAUGAGAUAAAAAGCGUCUGCUCAUACUAUCGCAACCGUGGUUCUGUACUGCUACGCGAUAUAAUUAGCCUCGAUGAUUGGAACGGCGAUAUACAAGCUAUCAAAGCCGCGGAGCGUGUCUUUCAUGACGAUUUCGCAACAUUUACGAGACUAGAAACGGUCUCCGAUAUUAAACAGCUGGUCACUCAUGUGAAGGAACAGUCUACUGCCCAGAUAACAAAGGAAGACCAGCAAUGUAUGAGGGAUUUGCGCCUAAGCGAUCCUUCCGAUGACAAAAAACGUAUCGAGCAGACCAAGGGCGGUCUAUUACAGGAAUCAUAUACCUGGGUUCUGGGCAAUCUGGAAUACCAGCAAUGGCUGGAUUCAGAAGACAGCCGAUUGCUUUGGAUUAAAGGGGAUCCCGGCAAAGGCAAGACCAUGUUACUUUGUGGUAUCAUCAACGAACUCAGCAGUCAAUCAAGCCAAUUGGGUCAUGGUAUAUGCUACUUUUUCUGUCAGGCUACCGACCAACAACUCAACAACGCUUCUGCUGCCUUACGUGGCCUAAUUUUUAUGCUUGCGAAACAGCAGCCAUCACUUAUUUCUCAUAUACGAAAGAAGUACGACGAAGCUGGCAAGAAGCUGUUCGAGGGACUAAAUACUUGGAUCGCCUUGUCGGACAUAUUUACUGCUAUUCUCCAGGACCCAACGUUGAGGAGCACAUACUUGAUCAUUGAUGCUAUCGAUGAAUGCGUAUCCGACUUUGAGAAAUUAUUGGAUCUAAUCGUGCACGCCACUGGCAUCAAUGCUGGUGUGAAGUGGAUUGUGUCCAGCCGAAACUGGCCCAAGCUAGAGGAGCGACUACGACUCGCCGAACAAAAAGUUAAGCUGAGUUUGGAGCUUAAUGCAGAGUCUAUAUCCAGUGCCGUCAACUUUUAUAUCGAGAAAAAGGUUCAUCAGUUAUCAGAUCUAAAAGGCUACGAUGAAAAGACCUACAGCGAAAUCAGGGACUACCUCUUCAGCAACGCAAAUGAUACAUUUCUCUGGGUGGCAUUAGUCUGCCUCGAUUCUCUAUACGAACGCAUGAUAGAACAGAUAAUAACCAUAAACGAUAGUAGCGAUAGUAGCGAUAUCAGUCUCUGCAAGCAAAUACUGGCCGUCAUGAUGAGCAUAUAUCGCCCUAUUACGCUACAGGAACUCGGUUGUGUCAUCGAAAUCCCAGAGGACCUGAAACUUUCGACUGAUAUCGAAUUUCUAAGGGAGAUUGUGGCGCUCUGCGGGUCGUUUUUGACCAUCCGGGAAGACAUUGUUUACUUUAUUCACCAGUCUGCUAAAGACCAUCUCUCUAAGAACGGCCAUGCCAUAUUUCCUUUAGAAAACGUGCAUCACAACAUCUUUUCUCUUUCGCUACGGGCCAUGAACAAGGUUUUAAGAAAGAACAUCUACGAAUUGCAGGACCCCGCAUACCUCACAGAAAAUGGCAUUAGAAUGCCACAAGCAGGUCCAGAUCCUCUGUCUCCCAUUCGAUACUCCUGUGUACACUGGGUCGACCAUCUUAGGGAUAAAAAUACCCCCGGAAGGGAUGAUCUUGGCGACGACGGUAUAGUAUCGUCAUUCCUCUGGAAGCAUCUCCUUCACUGGUUCGAGGCUCUAAGCCUCAUACAAAACGUGUCAGCCGGCGUCGUCUCGAUAGCAAUGCUCGAGACCAUACUCACAAUACAAUCCCCUAAUGGAGAGCUUCUUAGCCUCCUUCGAGACGCACAUCGAUUUAUUCUCCAUAAUCGAAGGACAAUCGAAAUUGCCCCCCUUCAGACAUACUCAUCUGCAUUGAUAUUCAGCCCUAUGAAGAGCCUAGUACGACAAGCCUUCCAUCGAGAAAUCCCAUCGUGGAUACAGGAGGAACCAACAGUCGAAGAUAACUGGAGCCCUUGUUUACAGACGCUAGAGGGCCAUACCGCUUGGGUGACUUCAGUCGCCUUCUCAUCAGAUCACAAACAUAUUGCCUCAGGGUCAAAGGAUAAUACCAUCAAGAUAUGGGACGCCGUUACAGGUGUAUGCCUCCAAACCUUCGAAGGCCACACUGAUUGGGUAACUUCAGUGAUUUUCUUGCCAAACGGUGAGCAAAUUGCUUCGGGGUCAGUUGAUGAAACUAUCAAGAUCUGGGAUGCAGCAACAGGCAAUUGCGAUGAGUCGCUUGAAGGCCAUACUGGUGCAGUUCAGUCUGUAGCCGUCUUGUCAGAUCAUCAAAUCGUCUCCGUAUCACACGACCAAACAAUCAAGAUCUGGGAUAUUUUAACGAAGGCUUGCAUCAUGACACUCAAGGGACAUGAUGAAUAUAUCACAUCGCGAUGCGACCAUCAAGAUAUGGGAUUCAACUACCGGCGCAUGUGUUCAGACACUAAAGGGCCAUAUUGCAUGGAUAUGCUCGGUAGCUUUCCUAAACAGCUAACACUUAGACAUACCGAUUCUAUCUGGUCACUGGCCAUUGUGGCGCCUGGUCACGUUGCUUCAGGAUCAGACGACAUGAUCAAUAUCUGGGACGUAGUUACAGGUACAAGCGAGAAAAGCUUUGACAGCCAUAGUCGUCUUGUUCAAGCAAUGGCUUUGUCCUUGGAUGGGCGGCAAGUUGCUUCAGGAUUAACAGACGACAGAAUCAAGGUCUGGGAUGUGGAAACAGGCGCCUGUGUCGAGACACUCGAUGGUCAUAGCGACUUUGUGACGUCCAUCAUUUUCCUUAAGGACGGCCAGAUUGCCUCAGCCUCAUGGGAUGGGAUGGCCAAAAUCUGGCAGGUUGAUACAGGCGCGUGUGUUCAGACACUCAAGGCUCAUGGAGCGGUCUACUCAAUAGCCUCCUCGGCAAACAGCAAGUAUAUCGCUUUGGGUUUGAAGAAAAAGGUUGAGAUUUGGAACUUGACUAAGGGUUUUGUCAGUUCACUUGCCUUCUCUAUGGAUGCUCAACAGCUGGUUUUGGGAUCAGGCACUUUUGAGAAUAAGAUUACGAUCUGGAAUAUCGCUACAGAAAGAUGCACUCAUACACUCGCGGGCCAUAGCGAAAUAUUAUCAGUGGCCUUUUCUUCCGACGGGCGGUAUGUUGCCUCGGCAUCCGCGGACAGCACAGUCAAAUUCUGGGAUGUGGCUGAAGAAACGUGCCUUCAAACACUCGAAAUCGGCAUACUGCACCGCCUUUCAUUUGACCCGACGACGAAUCACAUCAUCUAUAGCGACAUUGGCAUUAUAGAUCUGGAUUCGAGGUCUGUUGCCACUCGAGGAUACGGCAUAGAUAGGAGUCAUGAGUGGAUUACGAAGGACGGGAGGCCUCUCCUGUGGUUACCUGUGCCAUAUCGAUCCUAUACUUCGGUUAUCGUGGACUCCUCAAUUAUUUUCUGCAAGUCGGGCCAUAUUCUCAAAAUAAAGCUUUUAGACCCAGGACCAGAUAUAUAG